ACAGUAUGGGACCAAAUGGAGUUUUAUUUGGAGAUUGACCCUGUUACCUUGAAUCUCAUCAUUCUGGUAGCUAGUUAUGUUAUUUUGCUUCUGGUUUUCCUGAUUUCCUGCGUGCUCUAUGACUGCAGGGGGAAGGAUCCCAGCAAGGAAUAUGCUCCCGAGGUCCCUGCAGACACCCAGCCUCCCAUCCGGCUGGUGGUGAUGCAGCAGGGCUCCCCCGGCACCCGCUGGGCAAAGGGGCUCGUCUCUGCCUACGAAAACUCCUCCGACCUGCCGGGGAAAAGGACUACUGUUGUGUAAGGGGACCCUGCCUCGGAGCUCCGGUUUCUGCCGAUCAGCUUGCCUCGUCUGCUAUGUUUACUCUCCGUUUGCAAAAGGAUAACGCAUU